AUGGCGUCAGCCGUGAGUGACGUACCGCGCCGCGAGCGCGGAAUGCCACGAGAUGGCGAUUUCUAUCGUCCUUCGAGAGACGAUCGCUCUCCAUCACCUGCGCCUCCCGUGCGGACUGAAGAAGAGAAGCAAGCGGCGGCAAAGGCCGAGUACGAAAAACUGCUAAACAUGCGAUCGGGAGGAACGUACAUCCCCCCGGCGAGGCUCAGAGCGCUCCAGGCGCAGAUCACGGACAAGACCAGCAAAGAGUAUCAGAGGAUGGCGUGGGAGGCGCUGAAGAAGAGUAUCAACGGUCUGAUCAACAAGGUCAACACUGCCAACAUCAAGCACAUCGUUCCCGAGCUCUUUGGCGAGAACUUGGUUCGGGGCAGGGGCCUGUUCUGCCGAUCCAUCAUGAAAGCCCAGGCUGCGAGUUUACCCUUCACGCCCAUCUACGCGGCCAUGGCGGCGAUUGUCAACACGAAGCUUCCCCAGGUCGGUGAGCUGCUGAUAAAGCGCCUGGUUAUGCAGUUCCGCAAGGGCUUCAAGCGAAACGAUAAGGCUGUCUGCCUCUCCGCGACGACGUUCCUCGCACAUCUGAUCAACCAGCAGGUUCAGCAUGAGAUGCUGGCUGGCCAAAUUCUUUUGCUGCUCCUGCACAAGCCGACGGACGACAGUGUUGAGAUUGCUGUGGGAUUCUGCAAGGAGGUAGGGCAGUACCUGGAGGAGAUGCAGCCUGCCAUCUCGAUGGCCGUAUUCGAUCAGUUCCGCAAUAUCCUCCACGAGUCGGACAUCGAUAAGCGAACCCAGUACAUGAUUGAAGUUCUUUUCCAGAUCCGGAAAGACAAAUUCAAGGAGAGCCCAGCCAUCAAGGAAGAGCUGGAUUUGGUUGAAGAGGAGGACCAGAUUACACACAAGGUUGAGCUUGAUGGCGAGGUUGAUGUUCAGGACGGGCUCAACGUUUUCAAGUUUGACGCCGAGUGGGAAGAGCACGAGGAGGCCUAUAAGAGACUCAAGGCAGAAAUUCUUGGCGAAGGCAGCGAUGAUGAAGACGACGAGGAUGGCGAGGACGAGAGCUCCGAGGAAGAGGAAGACGAAGAAUCAAAGGCUGUGGAGAUCAAGGACCAGUCCAACGCCGACUUGGUCAACCUUCGAAGGACCAUCUACCUAACCAUCAUGUCGAGUGCCGACCCAGAAGAAGCAGUUCACAAGCUGAUGAAGAUCAACCUGCCUGCCGGUCAAGAGCCGGAGCUGCCGUCAAUGAUUGUCGAGUGUUGCUCCCAGGAAAAGACUUACACCAAGUUCUUCGGCAUGAUUGGUGAGCGCUUUGCCAAGAUCAACCGUCUGUGGUGCGACCUCUUCGAGCAGGCCUUUGCAAAGUAUUACGAGACUAUUCACCGAUAUGAGAACAACAAGCUGCGAAACAUUGCAAUGCUGUUUGGUCACAUGUUUGCGUCCGAUGCUCUAGGCUGGCACUGCCUUGGCGUCAUUCACCUCAACGAAGAUGAGACUACGUCCAGUAGCCGUAUCUUCAUCAAGAUCCUGUUUCAACAUAUCUUGGAGGAAACCGGAUUGCCCAAGCUGAGGGCACGCCUGACCGACGAAACUCUGCGACCUAACCUCGAAGGCAUCUUCCCCACGAAUAACCCCCGCAACAUCAGAUUCUCCAUCAACUACUUUACCAGUAUUGGCAUGGGUGUCUUGACCGAGGAAAUGCGAGAGCAUCUUCAGAACAUGCCCAAGCCUGCGCUCCCCGCCCCUGUUGCUCAGGACCGCUCAGAUGCAGAAUCCGUUUCGAGCUAUUCAUCUUAUUCUCGCUCGUCAUAUUCUUCUCGCUCACGCUCCAGGAGUCGUUCUCCGGCUCGUUCUCCGGCUCGUCGUGGUGGGAUCGAUCGUACUCGGAUUCACGGUCUCGCUCACGGUCACGGUCUCUCUCCCGCUCUCGCUCUCCCUCCUAUUCUCGUUCCCGAUCACGCUCACGCUCACGCUCACGCCCACGCCCUCGCCCCCUCUCGGCAUCCCGAUCUCAGUCUCGAUCCCGAUCUGGUUCUGCUGCCUCUCGUGCUCGUGGUCGCGGCCGCGGUCGUCCUCGCUCUAGGACACCUUCUCGCAGCCGCAGUCCGCCAACGAAGCGAAGGCGUUCCGUUUCGUCUUAUUCUUCGGGAUCCUAUUCCUCUCGCUCUCGAUCUAGGACACGUUCUGUCAGCCGUAGUCCGCCGAUGA